AUGGUACUUCCAGCGGGGGCGAGCAAGACGGCGGUGAAGCAGCUGGCCAAGCUUCAGAAGCGUCGCGAACGACGGGAACAGGAACCAGCAGAGCGCCAGGAGGUUCGCCUCCCGCCCAGUAGCGGAGCCCCACCCGUCAUUGAGCUGGAGGAUUUAGAUGACUGGUUGCCUCUGGUUCUAGAUCAUCGGCGGCGGCCACCAAAUGACAAGAAUCCUAGCUCUUUGUGCGUGCUGGAGGGACUGGGCGGCAGUGCUCCCACCACCUGCGGUCCUGGUGUGGAAACGGUGCGCAGAAUCUACGCAGAUCCAGCGGCUCUGAAGGAGCACAGGUCUGGAUUGAGACGCUUGAAGCGAGGCAGUUCUCGCUGGAGGCCACCCAGCAAUCCGGUUGGUCACACGGUUCCAGGAAAUGCAAGGUACGGCGAAGUCUUGCCUGAAGUCAGAAGUCCACCUGCUAUCUCGCACUCUGCUUCCUUGCCAGCAACCAGCAGUGGUGUGUUCUUUCAGACGGAAGUCAAGAUGGAGGAUGCUGCGCCUGCAGUGACAAAGACUUCAUCUGUUCCGAACCUGCCGAAGCUGGGCCUAGCUGAAGAGCUCCCUGAAAUGUCGACCACAGUAGAGCUGAAGACCUCCGUGGACGCCAUGGGGACAGAGUUUGCGGAUAUCAGUAAGUUAGAUGGAGCAGACGCGCCUUCAGCUGCAGAAUCCAAGGGGGGGAGGAACAAGCAAGCGCAGCGUUUGAUGAAGGCCUUUGAAAAAGCAGUUACGGGGAGAUCUGUACUCAUAUUCACUGACAAGGCAGACGUUCGAAAGGGGAUCAUGCGAUCCCUCAUCUGUGCUGCCAGGGAGAUGUCAAUAUGUUUUGCUCGCUCGUCCAACGAUUUCUGGAAGAGGCUGCACGAUGGCAAGGAAAGAUUCCAUGCACUAAUUGUAGACCUGGGCAAGUCGGAACUUGAAGCAGAAGGACUUGUCAAGACAGUCCGAGCUGAUGCGCAUUAUGGCGGAGUUCCGAUAAUUGUUCUCUCCAAAGAGCAUGAGUUGCCUGACCUCGUGAAGAAGAGCUGCAGCUUUGUCGUCUUCCAUCCCUUGUCCUCCUCCAUGCUCAGAGAAGCAUUGCUGUGGUGCUUCAACCGCAGUGCGCUGAAGAACCAAAGCUAUUAUUUUCCUGCAAACCCGCAACCGGAGAAUUUCCCGAAGCUGACAACAGCUGCCUCCACAACGUCUCUCAACUUGACCGUGAGAGCCAGGAGACUCAAAAUGUAG